CUCCCCCUCCUUCCCCGCUUUCGACUUGCCGCGACGAGCCUCGGGGAACGCCGAAGGUUCCCGUUUGACGAGUAGGAAGAAGGUCGCAGACGACGUCGCAGAAUUCGGACCGCGAAAGACCCCAAGUCGGACGCGAUGGAGGUUCUGGUGCUGAUCAACUUCGAGGGCACCAUGGGGGACGAGAUUACGGUGCGAAUGGGGGACGUGGUCAAGAAUGUCACUAAGGCCAGCGAGGACGGCUGGCUGGAGGGCGAGCUGCGAGGCAAGCGAGGCAUCUUCCCGGCCAACUUUGUCAAGGAGGUGCCCGUUUACUUGACGGGGAACAGCAAGCGGGAACCCAGAAGCAUCCGAACAACCAAGAGGAUGAAACAAGCCAGGACGUGCGAGGUGGUGUUUGCCUACAGCCCCGUGAACGAGGACGAGCUGCAGUUGGUCGUCGGGGAGACGGUGGAAAUCCUCAGCGAGAUUGAAGACGGAUGGUGGAUGGGCAUCAAAAAUGGCAGCGUGGGGGCCUUUCCGUCCAACUUCGUCCGAGAGAUCUUCGUCGCCCCCAAAGACAGCAAACACAACGACGGCAAGGCCAGACCCAAGCUCAGCGAUGCGGUCUUCAGUAAAGAGAUCUCUCAGAGAGCGACGGUGCGCAGCAAGGCCAAAAACGUGGUGGAGUGCUGUCAAGUCAUGUUCGACUACAAGGCCAAAGCGGAGGACGAGCUGGAUUUGAAGAUCGGGGACGUGGUCGUCAUCCUGAGAAAGGAAACCGAAGACGACGGCUGGUGGGAGGGCGAGCUCAACGGCCGCUGCGGAUUCUUCCCCGAUAACUUUGUCAUGGUGAUACCGCCCAUGGACAGUCUGAAGGCUGGCAACAAGAGCCUCCCGCCAGCGCGCAACCUCAACAAGGAAGCCUCAGGUACGUUUUGCAAUGCCGACGCCAUU